GCAGGGGCGGAGUGGGGAGGGUCGGAAAAACAGCACCAGAGUCUGGGGAGUCUGGGAGAGGGACACAGCAAGCCAGGGCAAGGUAUCCCCGAGUAAGAGCCACAGAGAUACAGCAAGACACAGAGUCGCACAGAGGACAGACACAGGCAAAGAGAGAACACACCGCGGCCUCGGAACCUCAGGGACACAGAGGUGUGGACACACAGGGCUCAGAGAGGGACCAGAAGGUCAGAGGCGGGCAGACCGACCUAGUCGCAGCCGGUGGCCUGCCGGAAGGGCUGGAGACAGCCAGAUGGAAUCCAAGAUCAGCUGAUUUUGAGAUGGGGAGAGAACCUGGAUUCAUCACAAGGGUCCUUUCAGCGAAAGAGGGAUAGAGUGAGGGUCAGAGGGAUGCGACUGUAGAGGGUGGGGCGCUGUGACUUCCGGUUUGGAAGAUGGAAGGGGGCCACCAGCCAAGGAAUGCAGGUGGAAACCUCAAGGCAACUGAUUGUCUUCUGGAGCUUCCAGAAGGAACUCUGCCCUGCUAGCUCAGUGAGACCCGUGUCAGAUUCCUAACCUCCAGCAUUGUAAGAUAAUACCGUUGGGUGAUUUCAAGUCACUAAUUUUUUGAUAAUGUCAAGCAGCAAUUGGAAACUUGUGAGCUCCCCAGUGCCCUUAGAAAAAAGUUCAGGCUGCUUAGCAUGACCUCAGGGGCCCCGUCUUCUGCCGGGAGCAUCUUCAGCAAGUUGCUUAGCUUUUCAGUUUUAUCAUCAAUAAAUAAGGAGAGGGGGAGGGGAAAGGCCCAUGGAUCUUUAUGUGAUUAAAUGAGACGACAUAUUGAAUAGCUAGGUAAGUCAGUGAGGCCCUAAGCAAUUUAGUUAGACCCUGUCUCUAAAAAAAUGUGUUACCAAAUCUGUAAAAAAGGAAACCAACAAAAGCAUUCAAGCUUAAUGGCCUCCUCUCUCCCCUCCUUGACACCCUUUCCUGGUCCUCAUCUGCAUUUUCUUCCUGUGACAUACUCCAUACUCUCUGAGUUAGCACAUACUGUUCCUUCUGCCUGCAAUGCUCUUCCCAUCCCCUUUAUCAGGCUAACUCUUAUUUCUUCCUGAAAGUCUUUACUGACCCCAUGUCGACUUGUUUAGACUACACUGUUAUACAUUUCCCAAACAUCCUAAACUCCUCUAUCAUAUUAUUACUAGGACUUGAGGGUUUUUUUCAUUUAAGAAAAAAAAAAAUCUAAAAUCCAGAUAAGGAACUGCUUGACCUACUGGCUUCAACUGUGGUGUUUAAAUAGAACUUUCCAAAUAAACUUGAGUAGUUGAAGUUGUCUUUCCUCUCCCCAAUUCCUUUCCUCUCUCCCCAGAUAUAACAAUUCUUAUGUGCUUGAUGUGUAUCUUUUGAGACAUGUUUUAAAGCUUGUCACACCUAUGUACCCAUAAGAAUAUGAAACAUACUUUCAUAUGUAUGUUUAUAGUUAACACAAAUUAUAACCUUAUAAAAUGUAUCAUUCUGUAACUUUUAUUCACUGAACAAUAAAUUUGGGGGACAUCUGAAUCAUUUUAAUCACUGUAUAGUAUUUAAAAAAAUUUUUUUAGCUGUAGAUGGACAGAAUACCUUUAUUGUAUUAUUUAUUUAUUUUUAUGUGGUGCUGAGAAUUGAACCAGUGCCCUACAAUGCUAUAUUUUAUUAUUAGAAUAUACCCCAUUUUAUUCAUCUACCAUCCUCCCAAUGGACAUUUAGAUUGUGUGUAAUAGUUUCCACCAUUAUAAAGAGAGUUGCAAAGGACAUUUCUGUUCCUUGAGGUUUGUAGUUCUUUAGGUACGCCUGGCAUGCAUGAGGCACUGGGUUCAAUCCUCAACAGCACAUAAUAAUAAAAUAUUGUGUCCACCUAUAACUAAAAAAUAAGUAUUUUUAAAAAUAGUCCAAAUAUCAGCAUGUAUCAAUACUUCAUUCUUUCAUUCUUCUUUAUGGCUGAAUAGUAUGAAUGUACUGCAACUUGUUGGACAUUUGUGAUAUUUCCACUUUUUCACUAAUUUUAAAAAUUUUUAAUUGUCGAUGAACCUUUGUUUUAUGUAUUUUUAUGAGGUGCUGAGGAUCGAAGCCAGAGCAGAGGGAACUGGUGACGUUACCAACUGACCAGGUGUCUUAGUGGUGGUUGAGUAAGGAAGCAGUACCAUUGCAUUUAUCAAAAAGUGACAACUUCUCAGAAGCAGCAUUUUUAGAUCAAGGAAGCUUGGCUGGAGGCGGUGCUGGGCAGUAAGUGCCCGCGGCGGGCAGCCAUCCUCUGGCCGCGUGUGCCCAAGGUCGCAGAACGGUGGGACUGGGAGGGAAAGGUCGAGAAGGUCGAGGACCUGGGUGCGGGACGCCCUGGGAGCGCCGGGCCUCGGUGGGCGGGAGCGGGGACACUCCACCGGGAGGCGCGCCUUUGGCUCGUCCAAUCAGAGCGGCGGAUCCGGGCGUCCCUUCGUCACCUUGGCAACGGGACGGACAGGCUCUAGCCGGACGUAGUGGCGGCUUGGAUCUGGCCCCGGGAAUCGCGUCAUGUCGCGACCGAAGGUAGGAGUGGCACCGAGCCAGAGGCUUUCAGAGGGAGGGAAGCCACGGGGUUCAGAGCCCGGGGGCGAGUCAUCACGGGGCGUUGGGACCCAGGAAGGAAAGGUCCAAAUGGGACCCAAGACUAGGAGGCCCGACGGCUGCUCGCAGACCCUCUGGCAGGAAAGUUACAGGACCGGGUUCUAAGCUGUACCAAGAUUGCUGUUUAGGAGGCUGAGGCAGGAGGAUCUCACGUUCAAGCACAGCCUCAGCAGCUUAGCGAGGCCCUAAGCAAUUUAGUUAGACCAUGUUCUAAAAAAUAUGAAGGGCUGGGGAUGCGGCUCAGCGCCCCUGGUUCAAUCCUUGUUACAAAACAAACAAACAAACAAAUAAAAAUAGACAUUCUGUGACCCGUGGGAAGCUCAAGGGUUCAGAUUUCCCCGUGGCCCAUUAAAACAAACAAACAAACAACAGUAAAACUCUAAUUAGUGCCUUUUCCAAGCCGAACCCAGUCCUGACCAAGGGACACAGAGGUGAAUCAGGCAAAACCCUGCUCUCUAAGACCGACCAGCCAACUCUCAUUUUAAGACUAGGAAAGAUGAGGCGCAAAAAGGGAAAUGAAUUACUGAAGAGUCCAGCUCCUCUGCCCCAACCUGCUUCUUAUCUCAGGUUCCAACCUCUCAAGAAGGGCAUCUCCAUUUUUUAAAAUUCCCUUUCACAACAAAAAACAACUUUAUCUGCUUUCAGAGUGUCAUGAACUUCGCUUUUUUUGUCAGGAGUCAUAAUUCCCGUUGAUGGUUAUUCGAGGUCCAUCUUCCCUGCCUUAACGCCGGCUCCUGCAGGGAGCAGACAUACGCUGAUCACUGUUGAAUGGCUACUGGUGGAGGACUCCGGUAGCUGCUCAGGACAAACCCCGGGGCUCUGUCUUGACUCCUCCCCAUUCACCUCCCACAUCCAAGAAGGUCCCCCCUAUUUUUGGUGUUUGGAUCAAAUCCAGGGCCUCUUGCCUGGAUUUAAGUUAAGGCUUCUGCCUUUAACUUUCUAGAUUUAGGCAAGAGACCUGGUGUAGGACUAUGCUUUCUUUUAAAUGACCCAAGAAAUUGGGUAUAUGAACUUCUUAAGAGAGAAGGACAGAAUAAAUUGUGUGUACCCUCACAAAAAUGUGCAAGACUUCUCUACUAAAAACCAGAACCAUUGAGAAAAAAAUAAAGAGGACUUAAAUUAAUGGGGAGAGAGAGAGAGAGAGAGAGAGAGAGAGAGAGAGAGAGAGAAACAAGCACAUUUUAUGGAUUAGAAGAGUCAAUGCUUUAUGAUGCCAUUUCUUCCCCAAAUGAUCUUAGAGUCAAUGUGCUCCUCUCAAAAUCCCAGCAUGUCUUUUAGUAGAAAUCAGCAAGUUGAUUCUAAAAUUUGUAUUGUUGGGUUGAGUAUAACUCAGUGGUACAGCACACUUAGCCAUGCUUAUCUGGCUUCUAUUCCCAGCACCAAAAAUAAAUAAAUAAUAAAUAAAUAAACAAACAAACAAAUAAAUAGAUAGAUAGAUAGAAGAACUUAUAUCCAAGUGCAAAUGGCACCUCAUUGCAAAGACAAUGUUAAAAAUCAAAGCCAGAGGACUUACACUGCCUGAUUUCACGAUUUACUAGAAAACUACAGUACCUAAGAACAUGUGAUGGUGGCAUAGGAAUAGACAAGUAAAUAGAGCCCAAUAUGGUCCAGAGGCAGACCCACGUGGUCAUGGUCGACUGAAUUUUGACAAACAUGCCGGUGCAAUUUGGUAAGGAAAGGAAACGAUUUGCAACCAAGGACUCUGGAGCAACUGGAUAAACCCAUGAAAAGUGGAAUUGAAAAGAGAGAGGAUUAAAGAUCUGAUUUUCAAAAAGAUAUAUAGGGUGAGCUGACUAGUGCUGGGCGAGUAGGCAGGGCUUGGGUGGAGGAAGGACACAAUUUCAUUUUCUUUUGCGGGGGAAUUAACCACUUGUUUUGGAAAGCGCUAUCUCACGGUCCCUUCCACAGGCUCUUUGAGGGGUAUGAUAAUGUGGUAAGCAGAAUUCUGAGAUGGCCCCCAAGGUCCCCAUGCCUGGUGUACAUGCCAUGCAUAAUUCCCUCCCCUUGGGGCUGGGGAUGUGGCUCAAGCGGUAGCGCGCUCGCCUGGUAUGCGUGCGGCCCGGGUUCGAUCCUCAGCACCACAUACACACAAAGAGGUUGUGUCGGCCGAAAAUUAAACAAUAAAAAUAAAUAAAAAUUAUUUAAAAAAUAAUAAUAAUUCCCUCCCCUUGAGUGUGGGUGAAUUUGAUGGCAUCGCUGUUGCCAUGAUGACAUUAUGUUAUAUGAAACCAUCAUAGCUGACUUGGAGGCAGUGGGUUGGAAGUCCAAGGGACAUGCUAAGGGUGGCAUACAGGAAGAACAUCCGUGUGGUGAACUGCCUACGGAGCUACUUUGCAAGGAAUAGCAAGCAGCCCCUAGACACUGGGAGCAGACCCAGUGGGCAGCAGUCCUACAACCCCAAGCAACCAAAUUCUGCCAACAUGUGAAUGAGCUUGAAGAUGAGCCCCGAUGAGAACCAUAACUCCAGCCAUCACCUUGAACGUAGCCUUAGGAGACCAGGGCAGACAUUCUGGCUAAGCUGUGCACAUAUUCCAAACCCACAGAAACGAUGAGAUAGUGAAUGUGCAUUAUUUUAAACCACUCAAUUUAUAGCAAUUUAUUACACAGUCGCGGAAAAUGAAUGCGGAUCACAGCUCUGUCCCAACUGUAAAGGUUGGCUGCACGGGGCCAAUAUCAGUUUCUCUUUCAUACAUGCCUUAGGGAUCAGUCUUACCAGGACUGAGGGGACAAGCUGUUUUGGAUAUGGUUGGAGCUGAAAUACACCCCUCUCCACCAGCCACACACACAUUGAGGAUUUGAAAGAGCUGGGUAUCAAACUCAGUGCUCCACAUGUGCUUAGCAGGCACUCUACCGCUGAGACACACCCCCCAAAUUAGGAUAGACUCAGAGCCUGAUAAACUGAGCUCUCAAAACUGGGGUUCAGGGUCGAAUUUUGGAGCGCCAAUAAAACAGGCAUUCACUCUGCGGGUGUUGCUCAUGGAACAAGCCUCCAGUGCAGUGGGCUGCUUGGGAAUUCACCCUAAGGGUACCAGGUAAGUUCUGCACUGAUUUUCUGGGCACCUGAUGGUGGAUGAGAACCUGACCAGGUUGCACCUUCCUGUCUCAGGACGGAGGCAUGGUUGAGUGUGGGCUGGGAAGGCAGGUGGAUGUACAAAACCAGUGACAUCAUUUUCCUUUUCUCCUUACAGAAUCAAAAUUACAAGGGCCAUGGAUUUUCAAAAGGAAAAGAGCGAGAACAGAGAGCAUUGAUCCGGUUCAAGACUACCCUUAUGAACACUCUGAUGGAUGUCCUGCGCCACAGGCCGGGAUGGGUAGAAGUGAAAGAUGAAGGGGAGUGGGACUUCUACUGGUGUGACGUCAGCUGGCUCCGGGAGAACUUUGACCACACCUACAUGGACGAGCAUGUGCGGAUCUGUCACUUUCGGAACCACUAUGAGCUGACCCGCAAGAACUACAUGGUGAAGAACCUGAAGCGCUUCCGGAAGCAGCUGGAGCGCGACGGAGGGAAGCUGGAGGCGGCCAAGUGCGACUUCUUCCCGAAGACCUUUGAGAUGCCCUGCGAGUACCACCUGUUUGUGGAGGAGUUUCGCAAAAACCCGGGGAUCACCUGGAUCAUGAAGCCUGUAGCCCGGUCCCAGGGCAAGGGCAUCUUCCUCUUCCGGAGACUGAAGGACAUCAUGGACUGGAGGAAGGGCACUGCCUGCAAGAAGUUCCAGGGCUUCGAGGCCCAGCCUUCCUGCUACUCCAUCAAUUCCUCUGGAAGCCAUGACCCAAGAAAUUCUGAUGACCAAAGGGAUGAGAUCCCUGUGGAGAACUACGUAGCUCAGCGUUACAUCGAAAAUCCAUACCUGAUUGGAGGACGCAAGUUUGACCUGCGUGUCUAUGUGCUGGUGAUGUCGUACAUCCCGCUGCGGGCCUGGCUCUACCGCGACGGCUUCGCCCGGUUCUCCAACACCCGCUUCACGCUGAACAGCAUCGACGACCAGUAUGUUCACCUCACCAAUGUCGCUGUGCAAAAGACAUCUCCGGACUACCACCCAAAGAAGGGCUGCAAGUGGAUGCUGCAGCGCUUCCGGCAGUACCUGGCGUCCAGGCACGGGCCCGAGGCGGUGGAGGCGCUCUUCCACGACAUGGACAACAUCUUCAUCAAGAGCCUGCAGAGUGUGCAGAAGGUGAUCAUCAGCGACAAGCACUGCUUCGAGCUGUACGGCUACGACAUCCUCAUCGACCAGGACCUCAAGCCGUGGCUCCUGGAGGUCAACGCAUCCCCGUCACUCACGGCCAGCAGCCAGGAGGACUAUGAGCUCAAGACCCGACUCCUGCAGGACACACUGCACGUGGUGGACAUGGAGGCCAGGCUGCGUCAACGAUCGGAAAAAACAGCUGAGGCAGCUGUUCCGCUCCCUCCAAGCCCAGAAGAAAGCAUCCAGCUGACCCCAGCUGCCAUGGGGAGCCAAGAGGCCCUGCAAGGUGCCACCCCAGAUUCCAGCACAGUGGUACCUUGCGGCCUUCCCCCUCCCUCUCUCCCUCCCUCCAGCUUGGCAGCAGCUUUGCUGGCUAAGCAGCCUCUGCUUGCUGCUUGGAUGGGCCCCUUGGAUCCCUACCCCAACCCUGCGGCUUCUUUGCACCAGGAGACAGCCAAUCCCUGGGACUGGAGGGGCUUUAACCUUGACAGACUGGCUUGGUGAAUGGACCCAAAGAAGACAAGUGCAGCAAGUUCUGCUACCCCAGAGAGAUCACAUCUAAUAAAUGAGCACAGGCCUUACU